AUGGCUCGAUCUUGGACUCCCGUGUUGGUGGCCAGCGCCUCUGCCGGAGCAGUUGGCGCCUUCUUCUUUUGGCGCUACACACGGGCCGCGAAGGCUCAUCUUCAUGUCGAAGAAGAGCCACAAGAGCCCCAGCAUGAAGAUCCAGAGAAAGAAGAAGGGUAUGUUGAGGAGCCUCAAAUACUUGAGAUCGACUUCUGCGUGGAAGGUGAGUUGCAGCAAUGUGAGCAUGCCUUGGGCGUAGUGCAAUGCCUACGCGCGGAGAGAGGCUCCAAGCAGAAUGUCGAGUUGGAUGCUGCGAUCAGCGCAUUGGACGAGUUGCUUCCGCAGUAUGCAGCCAAGCUGCAGGAGAAGCGUUGGCUCGCCUCAAAAGCAUCGCUUCUGGACAGCACCUCAGAGGCUCUUCAGCUCCUCUUGCUGGCAGAUGAUGAGCAGAACCUGGAGGCAGCGGCAAAGAGUGGCCGAGACAUCCCAGAACUCGCGGAGGAGGCUGCAGCAGUGGAGGUGGCUGUGGUGGAGGUGGCUGCGGAAGCAAGAGUGGAGGGGGGCUGUGGUGGAGGGGGCUGCGGCAGUAAGAGUGGAGGAGGUGGUUGCGGCAGCAAGAGCGGAGGCGUCUGUGGCGGAGGUGGCUGCGGCAGUAAGAGCGGGGGAGGUUGCGGUGGCAAGAAGAGUGAAGGAGGCGGCGGUUGCGAUGAGAAGAAAGGCGACUGCGGUAGCUGCAGCAAGCAGGGUGGUUGCAACCAAAAAGCAGAGGCUCCCCAGACGAAGGAAGAGCGACGAGCCAAGACCAUGCUGCCCGUGGGCGACCGCGAGUUCAAGGGAGGCCGUUCAAGCAGCGCUCAAGCGUGGCUGGUAGUUGUUGCCCAGACUCGCUUUUUGUGCAUUUUGAUGCAUUUUGGACAUCCUUUUUGUGGGAAAGAGGUGAAAGAGGGAGGGUUUGAAUGA